AUGAUCCCCCCGGUCAGCACGCUCGUUAAGUACGAUGCCGCCCAGUCUAUUACCACCACAAACGACAAGCGCGCGAUGAUGAGCACGGGAACGAUGAAGAAGGGCACGCUCGCUCCCAUCGAGGGCGCGAAGACGGGCGCCUCUCAGACCGAGGACAUCCUCAACUCCAUCCUGCCCCCGCGCUCGCACGAGAGCGACGGCACGCUCUGGGUCCAGAACGUCUCGGCGACGCCCGCGACGCGCCUGGACGUCAUAAACCUCCAGGAGAAGCUGGACGCCCAGCUGCAGGCGAGGCAGGCGCGCGAGACCGGCAUCUGCCCCGUGCGCGAGGAGCUCUACGCGCAGUGCUUCGACGAGCUCAUCCGCCAGGUGACAAUCAACUGCGCCGAGCGCGGCCUCCUCCUGCUUCGCGUGAGGGACGAGGCUCGCAUGUCCAUCGCCGCCUAUCAGACGCUGUACGAGUCGUCGGUGGCGUUCGGCAUGCGCAAGGCGCUGGGCGGGGAGCAGGGUAAGAGCGACGCGGAGGCGCGGAUCGCGCACCUCGAGGGGCGCGAGGCGGACCUGGAGCGGCAGGUUGCCGAGCUCAAGGCGCGAUGCGAGUCCAUCGAGAGGAGGGAGGCGGAGCGAAGGGAGGAGGAGGAGAAGAGGCACGCCGAGGAGGUCGGGUUCAUGCAGAAGAGCAACAAGCAGCUCAAGCAGCAGCUGGAGAAGUUCCUCAGCGCCGAGAAGAACGCCAAGUGA